AUGUCCUUAUCUGGGAUACCAUGGAAGAGUAAGAAAUGGUACAGAACCAAGGAAAACCAAGGAAUGAAUAACAGACAAAGAGAUGUCCUUAUCUGGGAUAUAUGGAAGAGUACGAAAUGGUACAGAACCAAGGAAAACCAAGGAAUGAAUAACAGACAAAGAGAUGUCCUUAUCUGGGAUAUAUGGAAGAGUAAGAAAUGGUACAGAACCAAGGAAAACCAAGGAAUGAAUAACAGACAAAGAGAUGUCCUUAUCUGGGAUAUAUGGAAGAGUACGAAAUGGUACAGAACCAAGGAAAACCAAGGAAUGAAUAACAGACAAAGAGAUGUCCUUAUCUGGGAUAUAUGGAAGAGUACGAAAUGGUACAGAACCAAGGAAAACCAAGGAAUGAAUAACAGACAAAGAGAUGUCCUUAUCUGGGAUAUAUGGAAGAGUACGAAAUGGUACAGAACCAAGGAAAACCAAGAAAUGAAUAAUAGACAAAGAUAUGUCCUUAUCUGGGAUAUAUGGAAGAGUAAGAAAUGGUACAGAACCAAGAAAAACCAAGGAAUGAAUAACAGACAAAGAGAUGUCCUUAUCUGGGAUACAUGGAAGAGUACGAAAUGGUACAGAACCAAGGAAAACCAAGGAAUGAAUAACAGACAAAGAGAUGUCCUUAUCUGGGAUACAUGGAAGAGUACGAAAUGGUACAGAACCAAGGAAAACCAAGGAAUGAAUAACAGACAAAGAGAUGUCCUUAUCUGGGAUAUAUGGAAGAGUACGAAAUGGUACAGAACCAAGGAAAACCAAGGAAUGAUAACAGACAAAGAGAUGUCCUUAUCUGGGAUAUAUGGAAGAGUACGAAAUGCAGGAAAAGAACAGGCACAUUUUGUGCAUUUUAAUCUUGGAUUAACCGAAGAUAUGCCAAGGAUCAGUGCUCUCUUCUAUCUGUCAGGAGCUCUCUGCUUUUGUCCAUCUUUGUUAUAUCGGUAUUAUGUUUUAGUGACAGAAAACCGGGACUGGCUGCAAGCUCAGGAGUAUUGUCAAAGCCAUUACACAGACCUAGUGGCAAUUGGCAGUCAGAAGCAGAUGGACCUUAUUAAUGAUCUAAUUCAAAAAACAAAUACUCCUGGUGUAUGGAUUGGUUUAUAUCGCAACGCCAGUACUUACCUUUGGCAAUGGUCAAAUGGAGAUCAGUUCAUGUACUCACGAUGGCUUGAUAGACAACCUGGGCAACACAGAGACAUGUGCACUGCUAUGUCAUCAAACUGGAGUGAUGCCUUCUGUAGCAAUGCAUAUUAUUUUGUCUGCUUUCAAGUGAGCAGCAAUUCAUACUAUUUGGUGACAAAAGCUGUGACCUGGACAGUGGCUCGAGAUUACUGCAGAGGACAACACACUGAGCUUGUCAGUAUCAAGAAUGAUGCAGAAAACCAGGAGGUAAAAAGUAUCAUAGGAGGAUACACUGUAUGGAUAGGACUCUACUGGGAUUCUUCCAGUGGUCAGUGGCAGUGGGCAGAUGGAACAUUUUCAUCUUAUCAGAACUGGGGUGGAAAUCAACCAGAUAAUUAUGGAGGACUAGAGCAUUGCACGCACAUAUGUGUGAACUGGGUUAAUCUUCCAUCUGGAUUCUGGAAUGAUUACAUCUGCAGAGGCACACUAUAUUUUAUGUGCUAUCAAGAGGUGGAAUAUUAUCUGAUAAAGGAAAAAAUGACAUUUAUGGAAGCUUUGUUCUACUGCAGAGAACACUUCACUGACAUUGUGAGUAUGCCUCACAUUGAUGCACAGAUGCAGGUGGCAGACUUUGCCAGUAAUGCCAGUGGAGAUGGGGUGUGGAUUGGAUUACACAAGGACCAGAUUUCUGGCCAGUGGGUCUGGAUGAAUAAAGAUCCAUUUUACUACUUCAAUUGGGAUGUAACAUUGACAGAUGCACCAGAUCGUUGUAUGGUGAUGAAAACAGACAAUUUCAAUUGGACUGACAGUUGUUGUUCCAACAGCUACGAGUUCAUCUGUUACAAUAAAUCCUCAUCAUACUAAAGCAGAGCUUUUGACAUCACUUGAAUCUCAAUUGACAUCAGCUGAAUAAGCACUUCAUUUACACAAAAUAGUAACAAGUUAACAGAUAUUAUUUGUAACAUAUUUAAAAUGCAUAGAUCUGGAAAAUAUUAAAGAAGCAAGUCAAGAUAUAUGCCUUGGGGGUACAUGAUAUUUGGAAGAAGCACAUUUUGUUGAAUCAGUGUGCAUUAAUUCAUAUGGCUGAACCCUCAUUAGGUUGAAUACUCUUUUAAAUGAAAUAUUAUUUUCUACAUGUAUUCUGUAGAUAAUCAUAUUUAUAUUAGACAUAAACAUGUAAACUAUUCAAAGGAUGUAAGUGUUUUUGCAGGGGGAAGAUUAUGCCUACCUACCCCUCUAUGAUCCUACACAUUAGAUAUAACUGUCAUAGCUGACAUGUAGCUCAGAGUACUUUGGAAAAAUAGUAAAUAUUUGUUUAAUAAUUUAAUUAAAUUUUUGCAUGCACCUUCAUUAC